AUGUCCGAGUUUUUCGAUAUCUUCAAGGACAUUUUUGGCGACAACACUGAGUUUCAGGAUGUCGGCGGCUGGGCCAAGAUGGGCGAUGUUGUCAGAAACUUUAUGGUCCUCGUUACUAUCGACUCGGCCUAUGCUCUUGAUCGCUACAAGUGUGAGCCAGAUGUUGCCCCCGGUCCAUGCCUCCGAAAUUCGGGCAACCCGACGAUGUUCGCGAACUACCGAGAACGAAAAGCCAAGGUGUUCAACAGGUUUUGCAACUGCCGAGCUAUGUUCACGCCAAAAUAG